CCUCGUUCAUGUUCGUGUUCCGUCCGUUUUCGCCAAGAAAGAGAAAUAAAGGCCACGCCAUGGGGAGGCCGUCGUAGUAGCGGAGCAGUUGUUGAAGGAUUUUACGUCGUUUGUCAGACGGACUGUUGUUGCAAUUUCGGAAAAGCCACGGACACUUAUAGAGCGAGAGCCAUUGGCAUUACUUGAGCACCUGUGAACGUCCGCAAUUUCCUCCUCGCAAGUUGGACAUAUAUAAAGGCCGUAGCUUGCACUUUCGGCUCGGGCAUUAGUUCUUUCUUGCUUCCAACAUCAAGACUGUUCAAGUUCCCACGACCUUGUGCCUCGCCGUUACGCACUCGAACUUGUACCUCAGUCAUACCAUACUGCGCCUUACCAACCGUCAGUUCCACCAUCUGAGUCUUUAUCCAUCCCCGUAAUGUCCGCCUGGCUCGCAGUCUCUCCCAUUGUCGGGUGGGGCUAUUUCGUCGCGUGGAGCGUCAGCUUUUAUCCUCAGGUUAUCCUCAACUACAAACGCAAAAGCGUAGAAGGCCUGUCUUUGGACUUUGUUUCGCUGAAUCUGUGGGGUUUCUUGUGCUAUUCGCUAUACAAUAUCGGACUGUACGUCAACCGUAAAGGAUGGGGGAUAGAAAACAGUGUCCACCUGAACGACGUCGUCUUUGCGUUACAUGCCUUGACCUUGACUGGUCUCACUGCAGUGCAGACUGUGCUGUAUACCCGAGCGCGAGGACAACGCGUGUCUUCAGCAACGAAACUCUUCAUCACCGUCACGUCCGCCUGCGUCUUGCUAGCUGGCGGCCUCGCAGCGACUGGCGCCAUUCCGAUUCUGCGGCUAUUAUACCUACUGUCAUAUGUGAAGAUGGCUGUCAGCUUGAUCAAGUAUAUCCCACAAGCUUUCCUGAAUCGCACCCGACAAUCGACUGAGGGAUGGAGCAUCGUAAACAUCCUCCUCGACCUGACCGGCGGGACCCUUUCUCUGCUGCAAAUAUUUGCGGACAGUGCGGUGACCGGCGACUGGUCUGCCAUCACUCGCAACCCCGUGAAGUUCGGCCUCGGGCUGGUCUCAAUAGGCUUUGAUUUCAUCUUUGUCCUCCAACAUUACGUGCUGUACAGGCACAAGCCCGCAAAGGACAUAUUACCGACAUUCGUCAAGUCGGAAGAAAGGAGAGAGACCGACCCCCUACUACCGCGAUCGAUACCCGUCUGAACGCCAAAAGUUUGAAACCGUUAUCCGCAGCCUGGCUGCACCCCGAUACCCAAGUUUGCCUCUCUCCCUCGGAUCUGUGAAAUGUGGUCCGCUACGUCUCGAAAUCAAGUUGAAGACUUUUCCGACGAGUUAUACUAGACUCGGCACAUCCUACCUGCCUUGCUACUUGGGUAGGAUGUGUUUGCCUUUCGCUUCGCUUGAAGCCGCUCCCAUGCACUGUAAGCUACGUGGAGCCUUUGAGCGGCAUCCAUCUCUCUUCUUCUUUGCACAUAAUUUUUGAACUUGCACAUAGACUGCUUCGGACUCUUAAAAAGAGUGGGUCCCCAUAGAAACGAGUCUUGUAAAACAUUUCCAAAUGGCUCGAUGUGCAAGCUGGUGCUGAAUUUCAGCAGCAGAUCACGCAGGGCCGCGAGUUUGGCGCGUUUGUGGGUUAGGGUUCUGGGUUACGCGCUCACAUCAUCCGGUUUGAAUUUCGU